UUCCCGAUUCUCUUGCCCUUCUGGCAGCAAAAUGAUCCACCUGGUUUUCGUGGCUACCGGGCAAUGUGAACCUCAGGCACAUGUUCUUUAAUUGAGUUGCCCGUGACUCAUUUCCCGACCAAAACAAGCCAAAUAGCUUGACUUAGGUUUUCAAGGACACUAACCGACAGCUGUCAGGCUUUUGGAUUUGUAUAUCAAAAUAACCGGUUGCUUGGUCAAGAGAUCGACAACCUCCACUCUUCUCGUUUACUCUUCGUGUAGUCGAAAUCGUAAUAACUGGAGAUGAAUCUAGGUCAUUUGGGGACAAAAAUCAUCCAGCUUUAAUCAAAAUAUCUUUAUUGCUCUUCUGUUAAUAACAGGCAAAAAAGUAGAAAGAGAUCUAUAUCGUAUAUAUACAUGAAUGAAAUUGACUCGUUUUUAAUUUCCUCAUUGGGUAUGUAAAGCACACAAAAAUGGCUGAUUAAACAAAGCUGUACUUACUGUACAUAAAAAAACAAAUGAUUUUCAUGCGGCAAUCCUCUGGGCUCCCUACUACGCCUAAAUCUUAUCCUAUCUCCCUCUCUAAUUUAUGAAGUUAUAAACCCAACAGAAAUGAUAAUAAACCCAAUAUAGAAGCAAGCAAUAUAUGGCUUAAGUAACUGGAGAUCUCCGAGUUGUUUAUUAGGCACAGGACGUAAACUUGGACACUUCCCCCAGCAAUCCCGGGUUCCUAGCCCAGCCUCCUGUACUACAGCCCCUCCGGGAGUUUCCUUUUCCUGGGGCUCAGUGGCGCUCCUCCCUGCCUUCCCAAUUCCUCCUGGUCCCCGCUCUGGGACACCGGCUCCACUCCCUCUUUCGCCGAGGUUUCCUCUCCACCACCCGGCGAGAGGAUAGACCGGUUACCGCACCCCAGCCCCUCCUCGCCAGUCGCACCUGCCCCGCCUCCCGGACCGGGGCCGGCUCGCGCGGCGCAGGCGCAGCAACGCGGCCACGAGGCCGAGGGCGACCAAAGCAGCCUCGGCCUCCACCUUCUCUGACAGUAUCCGCGCUGGGCAGCGGCCCUGUGGGCCGCGCUUCGUAAUGGGCUCGGGCUGGAGCAGCGAGGAGGAGCGGCAACCGCUGCUGGGACCCGGGCUCGGGCCUGCGCCGGGGGCUGCUUGGAGAAGUAGGGGGGAGGCGGCGGCGGCGGCGCUGCCCGCGGCAGCCCCGAGUCCCUGGAGGGUGUACGGGCGCCGCUGGCUGGUGCUGCUGCUCUUUUCGCUGCUGGGGUUCGUGCAGGGCCUGGUCUGGAACACCUGGGGCCCCAUCCAGAACUCGGCGCGCCAGGCCUACGGCUUCUCUAGCUGGGACAUCGCGCUCCUCGUGCUCUGGGGGCCCAUCGGCUUCAUGCCCUGCUUCGCGUUCAUGUGGCUCCUGGACAAGAGAGGUCUUCGGAUAACUGUGCUUCUGACAUCUUUCCUUAUGGUUUUGGGAACUGGUCUAAGAUGCAUACCUAUAUCAGACUUAAUGCUUAAAAGAAGACUAAUCCAUGCAGGACAGCUGUUAAAUGGAUUGGCAGGUCCGACUGUAAUGAACGCAGCUCCAUUCCUCUCCACAACAUGGUUCUCUGCAGACGAGCGGGCCACUGCCACAGCUAUUGCAUCAAUGCUCAGUUAUCUUGGGGGAGCGUGUGCGUUUUUAGUUGGACCACUUGUUGUUCCAGCUCCUAAUGGGACGACGCCUCUUCUUGCUUCAGAGAAUAGCAGGGCCCACAUUAAAGAUCGCAUAGAGACUGUAUUAUAUGCAGAGUUUGGAGUUGUCUGCUUACUAUUUUCUGCAACUCUAGCUUAUUUCCCACCACGGCCUCCUCUUCCUCCCAGUGUUGCUGCAGCUAGCCAGCGGCUGAGUUAUCGGCGGAGCUUUUGUAGAUUAUUAAGCAAUUUGAGAUUUUUGAUGAUUGCUUUAGCAUAUGCCAUACCACUUGGCGUAUUUGCUGGCUGGUCUGGAGUUCUGGACUUAAUUUUAACACCAGUGCAUGUCAGCCAAGUAGAUGCUGGCUGGAUUGGAUUUUGGUCCAUAGUUGGAGGCUGUGUUGUUGGAAUAGCUAUGGCAAGGUUUGCAGAUUUUAUCAGGGGUAUGCUGAAACUAAUUCUUCUCCUCCUGUUUUCUGGGGCUACACUAUCAUCCACGUGGUUCACCCUGACCUGUUUGAACAGCAUCACACACCUGCCUUUAACCACAGUGACAUUGUAUGCCUCCUGUAUUCUCCUGGGAGUGUUCCUGAAUAGCAGUAUACCUAUAUUUUUUGAGCUUUUUGUGGAAACUGUCUACCCAGUUCCAGAAGGAAUUACUUGUGGAGUUGUCACUUUUUUAAGUAAUAUGUUCAUGGGAGUACUUUUGUUUUUUCUCACAUUUUAUCACACAGAGUUGUCUUGGUUCAACUGGUGCCUUCCCGGGUCGUGUUUGCUCAGUCUCCUCCUUAUUCUGUGCUUCAGGGAAUCCUAUGACAGACUGUAUCUUGAUGUGGUUGUCUCAGUUUAAUAGCACAGACUUGAAGGAGUUUUUAAAAAGAGACUGGAAAUCAAUACUGCAUACUGCACAUUUGCUUGGAAUUGCACAUCUAACAGGAAAAAAAAAAGAAGAGAGAGAAACUUCAUUCAGAGGUUUUGUUAGGUUACAGAUGAUCACAUUAAUUUAAUUACUGCUAGGUAAUAAUAAUGUGGAACUUGAGUGAUAAUAGUGGAUUUAAAAACUGUAUCAAUGGCAUACAUGUGCCUGAGGCUGGGGUUAGAAGUGUGAUGUCUUACACAGAAAGCACUACCUAGGUAAUUCCCUCUAUGUUUUGUGCCAGUGCUAAACUACUGAUUAAUUGUAACUAUGAAAAGAAGUAAAGGGUGUCUAUUACAUGAAGAUAACUCCUUCCCUAAGCCACAUAUCAGAAUAGGAAGAAAUGCCACUAACUUCUAAAGAAGUUUACCCUAUAUCAGAUUUUAAUUAUAAAAUAGCCAAGAGGUGUAUCAAUGAUAGAUAUUAGCCACCUGUACACUACAUUUUUUUCUAAUAAAGCCAUUUCUUAUACGACUCCUUAUUUUUAAUUAGAUCGGAAACCUUUGGCCACCUUAAUUAUGGUGAUCAAGUGCUUUCCAGUGACUGCAGAGCACAUACUUUGUGUCUCGAUCUUAACUUAUCCUCGUUUCUGUGAAAUACAAUUUCAUCUGCUAGGCUCUUAAAUGAUUAUAUUAAAUGUGACCAAGUGUUUAAUAUAGUCACAUUAAAUGCUGUGUGAAAAAUGUAAUUUCGUUCCGAUUUAGCACUUUGUUAAAAGUGAAAUGACAAAUCCCAUAGAACAUCCUGUGUCUUCGGGCAGAUACAUGUGUGGUGGCAUGGGAUGGAAAAUGCAGCACCAGCUGUUAUUUACCAGGGUUGCAUUUUAUUAAAUGACCCUUGUUUGAAAAUAACAA